GGUGUGUUUAGCAGAGUAGAGUAAAAUAAUUCGACGUUUUCUAAACCAUCUGCGUUUGUUCAGGACGUUUUUACUUGAUUAUGUCGCCAUUUUGUUUAAUCGUGAAUGAAUGUUGUUUCGGCUUCAGAGGGUUAUGAUCACUCCGCGUUUUCCCGCCGCCGUCCUCGCAGCUCGCUGGGAGCAGUGGGGAAAACAAACAGGUCGGACGGAGGAAGAUUGGUAGCCGGUUGGAUGUGGAGGCUUUUGAGUGGCGAAUGAUUCGUGUUCAUACUGUAUGGUGCCAAUUCAAAGUUCUUCGGUUUGCCUUCCCCGGAUUUGGGUCGCGGUUUGGAAGUGCCUCCCCCCUCUGAGUAUGCUGUUGCUUUCCAACAUUUUUGUCGAGGUUGUUGGAGCCGUAGUCUACCCGCUGCGGUCUUGUGCUAUUCCCAACGUUUUGUUUACCGGUCGUGUUUCGACGUUUAAUGAAUUAAACUUUCUGGGAGGACCGCUCUAAAUACGGCGACACACUCGGCGGAGAUGCACACCAGGCGCCUGGUGAAGCGGUCGAUCCUCGGCAGCCGUGUUUACGCGCCAAGCCCGACGGGGGACGGUGCCCCGGUGACAGGAGUGGUCCAGGCUGUCAAGCAGGAAAACAGAGACGUGUCGGCCGCUGGACCCCGACGGAGCGUUUACACCGUGCUCAUGCAGGACGGAAGCCUGAAGGAGUUCACCGAGGAGGAGAUUGCCGCUGAGUCCAACCACACUGCGACCAAAGGACCACUCAAGUCCAGCCUGAAGCAGAGUUCCAGUAACGGGGUUUCAGAUGGUCACAAGUUGGAGGGCGGCAGCCGGAGCCCGGAGGCAGUGGACGAGCAGAGGCCUGUGGACGGGAAGCGAGUUAGUCGGGAUCCCGACGCCCGGUCGGUGUCCCUCCUAGAGCAGAAACGCAAGGUGGUCUCGUCCAGCAUUGAUGUCCCACAUGCCAGACGGUCAGAAGAAGAGGUGGAUAUGGACAAAGUGACGGCUGCCAUGGUCCUGACGAGCCUCUCCACCAGCCCGCUGGUCAGGAGUCCACCUGUCAAAGUCAGCGAAGGCCUGAGUGGCUCAUGGAAGGACAACGGCUCAGCUGGACCAUUCACCCCAUCCAGCAACAGCUCCUCAGGAGGCUACUGGAGCUGGUCUGCGCCCAGCGACCAGUCCAAUCCUUCCACACCUUCGCCGCCGCUCUCAGCUGACAGCUUCAAGCCCUUCCGUGUGCCAAGCGUGGGUGGUGUGGGGUCCAACCCGACAGGGGCUGAGGACCCCAGUCUGGAUGAGCAGGAUGGCAGCAGCCUGCUCUUUGAUGAGCCAAUCCCACGCAAGCGCAAGAACUCCAUGAAGGUGAUGUUCAAGUGCCUGUGGAAGAAUUGCGGCAAGGUGCUGAGUACCACUGCAGGCAUUCAGAGACACAUCCGCACCAUCCACCUGGGCCGUAACUGUGACUCAGACUGCAGCGACGGCGAGGAGGACUUCUACUAUACAGAAAUCAAGCUCAACACAGAUUCUGUUGCCGACGGGCUAAGCAGCCUGUCGCCCGUGUCCUGCUCCGUCCUCUCUCCCCCACCCCCUCCCCCGUCGCCUCUGCCACCUCUCAGCCAUCAGCCGGACUCCCACCGAUCCCCUCAUCCCUCCGACUCCAAGGAGCCUCACGCCAGCGGCACCACCCCGCUCAGUCGCUCUGCACCAAGCGCUCUCUACCUCAUCCACGCGGACCACGCCUAUCAGGCCACAGCUCCAGUGUCCAUCCCCUCCAGCAGCAGUAACUCGUCCUCCACCAGUUUCACUCCCUCCAACAGCUCCAGCUUCAGCAUCUCCUGGCAGUCUCCUCCUGUCACUUUCACAGGGAACACGGUGUCUCCCACUCAAAGCCAGGGAUUUGGAGAACAGCGGGCCCAGACCAUCGCCGUCCUUUCAUCCCCUCCUAGAGCGACCACUGCCCUCAGCCGGAAAGUGCGCGGCGAGGGGAAGAAGUGCCGUAAGGUCUACGGUAUGGAAAACCGCGACAUGUGGUGCACCGCCUGCCGCUGGAAGAAAGCCUGUCAGAGAUUCACCGACUGAUCCCACUCCGCCAAUGAAACGCCGAACCAGCAGGCGCCGUAGCUGUCGGCCAGAGAAACAUGGAGAGAGGGGGCUUCAUUUUGCAUGCACUUGGUCUUUCUACAGCCCAGAAUCGCAACUAUCCGUCAAGCUCUGGCCCCUCUUCCACGUUAGCAAAUCCCUUCCAGCAGCAGAGGCAAAUGAAGGAUGGCAGGAAGGCUUCUUUUUUCACAGUGCUGUGCAGGGUAUCCUAAUACUGCUUCCACCAUUCCCGCCAUUCUCAGUGAAUGGGGAAACCCCAGUGCAGCUAAACGGUGUAAAAAUAGAUCUUUUCAUGUUGGGUUCAGUGUUGCAUCUUUCUAUGUUUUGUACAGCUCUGGUUUUUAAUGGAAAGUCUUGUCUAAGAAGCAGCUGAGGAAAAACAAAAAGACCAAAAAGCAUUUUUGUGUUUUGGUGAAAAAGAUUAAAAAGAAGACUUUUACUUUUCUAUCCAAAUGAAGAACGUUGGAGGAGUAUCUUUUUUUGUUGUUGUUGUUCUUCUUCUUCCUUCAAUCCUUUCACUUGUUUUGUUUAAUUUCUGGACAUUUUGAGGUCAUCAUUUAUCACCAACAUCACAAUCAGUCCUGUUCCUUCUGCGCUCCGCAGGAACAUAAGGGAACUGGAUGAAAGGUGAGAGCGAGGAGACAAGAGACACGCAAGGUGAAAGAUCAAUGCAAGUUUACAGUCAGGGAAAGCAGAUGGACCACAUCACAUAAAAAGCAACAAUAACCUGCUUAAUCAAGUCAAUUCCUUUCUGUUGUUCAGGAAUGUGAUUCUGAAGAAAGUAAAAGAACCAGCAGCUUAAACGUUGGGUUUAACUGUAUGAAGCAGCGCUAUCUCAGCAGCUUCUCUCUUUCAGUGAACCUCCUUCCUUGCUUAUGUUCUUUAUGGGUGUUUAUUUUUUUUGGCUUUUGUUGCUGUGCCAUGUUUAUUUUUUGUUUUGAGCAUGUUGCUUCUCUUAUUUUAUUGGGAUCAAACUGAAAUUAUUCACAAAAUGUGUUCCAGAAACAACUCCCUUGCAGCCCUUGAAGUCACACCUUAUAAAGAGCAACAUCUUUUCAACACAUAAAGACAUUAAUAACCCUUAUUCUGAAGUACAUUUCACAGUUUUCAAAAGGGAACUGCUAAAAAAAGAAACUUUGUUUACAUAUGCCACCAAGGUGCAUAUUUAUUAUCUGUAAACUAAAGGUAGGAGGGCUCAAAACCAAAAGUGUUGCACUAAUUUAAAUAAUUGGUUUAUACCACUAUGUACGCUCAGUUUCUUAUUAAAAUUUAUGAAUGAGUUGUAACAGAAAAAAAAAAAAUCUACAUAGUUGGAGAAACCAAUGUAGCCAUUCUUGUUUUUUGAAGAAGUGAAGGGAAAAGUUGUACGAGCUCUGGGUCAGAUCACCACUUUGCUAUUUUGUUCUAACAUCUUUGUACUCAUCUUUGUGUUGCCAUGUGAUCCCCGUAAACAAACCAUUUAUCAGGUUAUUUCUGUCAGUAGUUAGGUAUUUUGAUGAUGAAUACUGGAGAUAAUUAUUCCUAAAAAUGCUCAAAUCCCACACAUAAUUCAAUUUAACUGGAUUUUAUGGAGUGAAGACUUUACACAGCACUCUACUUCUUUUAACUGUGCUUCUGAUCCCUGUUUGGGCCAAUCGACUCUUAGAAAAUACGUGAGAUUAUGAGCCCCGAUCAAACCUUUAUAAAUAUAAUAUACUUUCUGCUGACAGAUCAUAUUUUACAAUUAAAAUAAAUUACCUAAAAAUGAUUUGUGGUCGAAGCAGGUAAAAAAAAAAAAGGCCCCUAAAGGUGGAUAUUAUCUGACACAACACACAAGAUGCACCAAUCCAAAUUCUGUGGUCAAUUUUCAAUAUCUGGUUCCUGUCAAACCUUGCCUCUGUCAAGUCUUAUAAGCCGAUACCAAUUCUGUAAGAUUUUGAUUUCUUAUUGAGAACUUUAUCAAAAUAAUUUAUAAGAAGAGCAAUCAAACUAUUUUAAUUUUGGCCUCUACUGUAAGUCAUCAUUAAUUGUUUACAUUAGAAUUAGAGGUGAUGUCACACUGUGUGCGAAACAGUAGCUACAUUUAGUAUCUUAUGUUAAUGAGAACCACUGCGGUUAAUAUUGUGUGUUCUACAACCAUGACACUUUGUUGUAUUUUGGCAUAAAAACAAAGGGAAGAAAGUAAUUUUUCACUUGCAUUGUAUGAUUGGUUAAAGGAUAAAAUUACAUUUUUAUUCCAAAGUUGAAAUGUCCAAAUUUUAAGUUGGGAAAAUUGACAUAAAGGUCCCCUUAAGUCGGAAUUUUGACUAGGAAAGUUGGAGGUACCCCCUGACCCAGACCUCAAAAUCCAAUAUGGCUAUCGUGCAUAUAGAACAGCCACAGUAAAACCUUCUAUACUAAAGAGUGUUGUCCAUGUAGGCCUUAUGUUCUCUGAAAGAGAGAUGUUUUGAGUUUCCGAAUGACCUGUCACUAUUUAGUGCAGAUCAAGCUCAAUAUCACCAGGUUCUGGUCGUUAUCUGUGCUUCUCAAUGGUGGACAGUUCCUUUUGUACCUACAGAAGCCAAAUGAAACAACCUAAACUGCAAUAGUACAAAAUGGCAAAGGGGUGAAAUGACCAACAACCAACUAGGUCACUUGUCUGUUGAUCACCAUGCACUGCAGUACUCACUCACUCUGCAUCAUUCAAACACAUCUAGUUUAAGCUUGGGCUUUCAGAUUGUAAUACAAGAAAUUUCCUUUUUCAUGAAAAAACGUUUCUUUGAAUUUUAGGUUCCAUUUUGGCUCACAGGAAGUGUUAUUACAUUGUUGUUAAUCAAAGACAAACGUGUUGAAGAAGAGACGAAGAGUCCGACAUGCAGGCACCUUGUCUUUUCCUGUUUUGUGUUUGCUCUGCGAUGUUUGGUGGGUUUAUUUUUAUUUUUUUUAACACAUGUUCUAAUCCUGGUUUGCACUUCUGUUAGCCAUUCUCAUACCAGUUAUUAUAAACCAACACCAGCUAAUAAACUCGCAUUUGCCAUUUUAGCAUUCAGUACUUCCAAAUCUGCCGACAGUAGCUCUUACUUUCAUCUUUUUUGUUGUUGUUUCUGUAUAUAUGGAGUUCUUGUGUAUCCUCUGAGCUCGUUUAGUUUUCAAGCAGAUAGACCGAGCAGUUCAUCUGCAUCCUUCUUAGGAGGACAGGUUGUGAGAAAUGUUGCUAUUCAGCCUUAAUGUCGCAUCAUUGUUCACCUGUCGUUACAUUUAGCUGAUUUCAAGGCUCAUUCGCCCUUGUACUAUGUGAACAUAUUGAUGUUUAACAAAGAACAAAUCUAUUUAGUUUCAGUAAAAGAGAAACAUUUAAAUUCAAAACUAAAAAAAGAAUUAAGGCUGUCUUUCUUUCACUAUUUUUUCAUGUGUAUAUGCAUAUAAAUAUAUAUAAACUGUUUAUUCAUUUUAUUUUCAUGUUCUUGUGAGGAGGCUGUAGGAGGAAACUCCUUACGAUCUCAGCUUGUUGUCCUCUUUUCUUUAAGUGACCUGCUUGGUUUUCCUUCAUGUUCCCACUACUCUGCAAAAGCAUCCAAAACCCACAGCUGGGUGGAUGCUUUGUUUUAUUUCCAGAAAACUGAAGUCUGAUUGUGUUUGCAUCCAUGUGUGAGUUUGUGUGGGAACGUGAAGGACCUCCAGGCGAAGUUGCAUGGAAUUGCACACCUUUUUCGAGGUGUUUCCAGGUUUGCUCGGGUCCAGUCUAUAUUCAUGGAUGUUUUAGUAAGCAGCUGAGAGUUGGACGUUUAUUUUUCCAUUUUGUAAUAAUUGUUCCAUGUUUUUCCCACUGCUUUCUCUCCAUCACUGUGGUGUUUUUAUGUUCUUCUUCACUUGUGUUUGGAAAAACGUGGUAUCAGCUGCAGGCAAGGCUCCAGGAACAAGUCCCUGCGGUCCUCAGAGGUGCUGGCAAAGCCGGACAAAUGAAGCCGCGGCAUUUCCAGGCAGCUAAUUUUACAAGAUGUUAUCACUAUAUGUUUCAUUUUUUUUUUUUUUUUAGAUUUGGCUAAAAUAAGCUUAUCUAACACUGUUUAUUUUAGGUUUGAUCCAAAUAAAACUCAGAGCUUUGCUGCUGUAUUUGUCAGACCUCUCCGUGAACUCUCGGAUUUGUUCCUGGAAUGGUCCGACCUUCACAGUGCUGAGAACAUCAUUCGUCAAGAAUGCCACAAAUAUGGCUCCAGCCUGAUGGUGCUUUCAGAGACACGGCCCGCUGAGGUCGGGGUUCUAGUGCUGUGUCCACGACGGGGGAGAAACAGAGGUGCUAUAAAUACCCAGGCAGUGCUGUUUUUUCCUCGGAUCUCAUUGAUUCCAUUUUGUACACAUUGUUAUAUUGCUGUAGAGAACAUGAAAAUAAAAACACCCUGAAUGAA